UACAUCUUUGUCAUGGGUCAUGAAAAUUUUGUAUUUCCAAUUUCCGGUCUUGCGCGAUGCAGUUCCUACUUCAACCCCGUUGAUAAAUCGUCAUUUUUAACCGGCAACAAUCGAAAAUCUGCCAUUUUGUUUAGUGUUGGCUUUUGAAGGUGAUUGUCAUCAACCUUUUUUGCAUAAAGCGGAGUCGAAAAAAUAUUUUUUACACAGUGCUGUGUAGUUUUAAGAAAAGGAGUGCCGUGUCAUCCACCGUGGUGUUGUCAGUUAAUUGGUGUGUGCAGUGCGUAUGAUCGCCUCUGGAAGGGACAAAAUAACAGUUAGGAUUAAUAACAUGAAGAGAAGUAGUGAUAGGGACACUCCACCACGUAGCAAGCGGUCACGAUCAAGUAUCGGCCGAUACGACGACAGUUCAGACGAAAGAAUAACCCCCGACAGAGUGCGAAGGCGCGGAAGUCGCGGCCGCAGCCCCAGUCCUAGGGCUCGCUACGUGUCACCCCAUCGCGACGAAUACAUGCGCCCUCCAGAGCGCUCCUAUCCUUACAAGGUAUUGUGCGUCAGUGCUUUACACCCCAAAGCCAGUGAUGAGGUUAUCAAAGACACUUUAUAUAGGGAGUAUAAGAAAUAUGGGGAUUUAAGUAUUAGAGUCACUCACGAUUUGGAUGAGCGUGUAGCGUAUGUUUGUUUCCGAAAUCCUGAAGAUGCUCGUGAUGCCAAGCAUGGAAAACCCCGUAUUAUUAUUUACGAUAAAGUUGCCUUAGUUGAAGCUGUGUAUGAGGUUCCUAGAUCGGCGGAUAUCUACAGAAAUAGGCCGCGUUCAAUUAGCCCUGAGUAUGAUAGACAUUAUUACGCUAGAUCCCCCGAACGUAUGCGCCCCGUCGAUAGAUACGAUAGGGGUUACGGCCCCCCACCUGGUGUCCCGGUUCACCGCGAGUAUAGACGCGAAGCCAUGCCUGUUCCUCACCAUGAUUACCUUGCCAGACCUCCCAUGCACCAUGGUCCUCCCCAUAUGCCUCCCGUUCACGGCGGGUAUGGUCCCCAGAGGCAGCACAUGCCUCGACCUCCCUUCGAACAGAAGGAAAACAAAAAAGACAAAUUUCCUAAUUAUUUACACCACGUUCAACCCGAGGACGAUCCCUUAGCUACCCGAACUUUAUUUGCAGGUAAUUUAGAAAUUAAUAUAACCGAAGAGGAGCUGAGAAGGAUUUUCAGCAGGUAUGGAGUAGUUGAAGACAUUGAUAUCAAACGCCCCCCUCCUGGUACAGGUAAUGCUUUUGCUUUCGUACGUUUUAACACUUUAGAUAUGGCUCAUAGAGCCAAAGUUGAAUUAUCCGGACAGUACAUUGGUAAAUUCCAAUGUAAAAUAGGUUAUGGUAAAGCUACACCUACAACAAGGAUAUGGGUAGGUGGUUUAGGUCCCUGGACUUCUGUACCCCAAUUGGAAAGAGAAUUUGAUCGUUUUGGUGCAAUAAAAAAGAUCGAUUACGUAAAAGGUGAUAAUCAAGCUUUAAUUUUAUAUGAUAGCAUAGAUGCCGCUACCGCUGCUGUCAAAGAGAUGCGGGGAUUCCCUCUAGGGGGGCCAGAAAGAAAACUAAGGACUGAUUUUGCUGAUGUAACACCAGGUGUUACUUAUAGACCCAAACCUCCAUAUGCUUCAGCAGAGGAUUACAGAGCGAGAGAAAUAGAAUUCGAUUAUGAUUUUGAUAGGGAUCCUUAUAGGAUGGGCAGAGGAGCUUUCCCCGAAAAACGAGGCGGUAGCAGGGAUCCCUACAGAUUUCCAGAAGGAGGUAGAGAAGAUGAAUGGGGUAGGACUCGAGAUCCUGAAUAUGAACGAAGGCGGUCUGGUUCUAGAGGUUUUGACCGUUCUAGAUCUAGAUCUCCAAGGAGAUCACCUGAUUCAGACUCUGAUAGCGGUUCUAGACGAGCAGGAUUACUUGCUUCGAGCCGUACUUUACCAGAAGUAGCUAGAAAAUGCACUACAAUCUGGCAGGGGGCGUUAAUACUCAAAAACUCUCUGUUCCCGGCAAAAUUCCACCUAAUGGAUGGCGAUACUGAUAUCGUUGACGGUUUGAUGAAAGACGAAGAUGGUAAACACCAGCUGCGGAUCACUCAAAGACUGCGACUCGAUCAACCGAAGUUGGAAGACGUGCAAAAACGAAUUUCCAGUGCUAGUUCGCACGCAAUUUUCCUCGGUUUGGCCGGUUCAACGGCUUCAGUCACCAAUGACGAUGCUACAGUUCAAACGAGACCGCUAAGAAAUCUGGUGUCAUAUUUGAAACAAAAAGAGGCCGCCGGGGUUAUAUCGUUGCUGAAUAAAGAGACGGAAGCUACGGGUGUCCUGUAUUCCUUCCCGCCAUGUCCCUUCUCCACUGAAUUACUCAAACGUAGUUGUCCUAACCUGUCUGACGAGGCGAUCAAGGAAGAUCAUCUCAUAAUCGUUGUGGUACGUGGUGGUACAGCUUAAAUAUUUUAUUUUCAUUCUUUUUUUAAUUAUUAUUUUGCUUUAUACACUGUAUUUUAAUCAUUAUUUGACACAGUACGUAUGUGAAAAAGUAUAGUCAUUAUAUUUUGUUUUAUAGAUUUGCUACUAUGUUCUGCUGUAGAUUUUCAGAAAAAAAAAUGUUCUUUAUUGCAUGUAAAUAAAUCAAUUCAUGGGGGGGCUAUUGGCUAAACUUUAUAUUUUUUAUGAAUAUGCAUCAGUGUGGCUACUUUAUGGAAAAUUGGGUAUUAAAUGAUCAAAAAUAUGGGAAAAUUUUCUAGUUUGCAAAGUAAAAAUUGCACAAUAUUGAAAUCUACUUAUUUUAUUCUUGAUCAAAUUUGUACAUUAUCUAGAAUGUAGUAAUUUAAAAAAAUGUACCCAUCAUUAAACCUAGGCAUUAAAAAAAUAUAAGUAGGUUUUUGAUGUUUUCAGUUCAUAUAUGUUAGAAAUUAUCAAUUAAGUUAAAAAAUACUAAAAAAGUUAGAGGUACCGGGCAUUAAACUUAGGCAUUAUAAAAAAUAUUAGUAGGUUUUUAGUUCAUAUAAUAUGUCAAAAAUUAAUAAUAUAAUUAAAAAAUCUAAAAAGUUAAAAAUAAAUUAGAGGUAAGUAGGUACCUACCAUUAAACCUAGGCAUUAAAAAA